UCACCACUUCUGAUUGAGCAGGUUGCGACAGAGCUGGAGGGAGUGGCUGAGUAGUGUUGACUUAGCGUGUGACCACUCGCCGGAGAUCUCACUAAAAUGUAUUUUUCAAAUUUUCUGGGCCUCGCGUGCCUCACAGGCUUUCUUGCGGAGACAGCCGCCUCCAACGACAUAUUCCCAGCAACGACAGAGAUAAUUAGAAAAAGGUUCAAACUACGCAACACGUCUUGGAGUAGCUGCGGCAGCGACUCGGACGCGAUUCAGAUCGACUCGCUGGACAUCGAGCCCGGCUUCAUCCACCUGCCAGGGGACAUCACCGUGAAUGCCCAGGUGACCGUAAACGCCAACAUCACCUCGCCAGUAAAGGUGACGGUUGUUGCCAAGAAAAAAACAUUUCUCGGCUGGAUCACGCUGCCGUGCUGGCAGCAAACUUUCGGCUCGUGUACCUACGAGGACGUGUGCUCCCUCACUCCCUACCCUGACGACUGUCCUGAAUAUUUCGUGGACAACAACCUGCCCUGCCAUUGCCCGCUGACAGAGGGCGUCGUAAACGUGGAUAACCUGACAACAACGCUGUACAUGAGCGUGCCUGAAUGGUUGGAGAAGGGAAACUAUAUGGCGCACGUGCAGUUCUCCCACCACGAUACAAAAUUGGCUUGUUAUGAGUUCAGAUUUCAGUUGGCAUGAAAUAUUUAUUUUAAAUAUAUUUUCCGAUACAACAUUCUUACAAUUAUUACCAAUGAUAGCAACAAAAUCCGUGUUAUAUAAUAUAUUUUAAAUUACAACGACUUAAAUGGCAGGUUACAAAAGACUGAAUUUUGGCACUGCAAAUAAACUCCAGGGUUUCUUGUAAUAAAGGAAUGUCAAUAAAGUUGCACAUUAACCGA